UAUGUCCUCCCUCCCUCUCUUAUCCACUAUCACUGGCAAGUUAGAUGAAACUACAGAGAUUGAGAAUUGAACAUCAAUGGCUUCCAUAGCUUCAUUGCUUUCCACAGGGCUUCUCCUGAAUUCAUCACCCACUUCUCCAUUGGACAGAAGAAGAAGAAGGAAAAGGAUCAGUCCCACUUUUGUUAGAAUGAUGCCCAUUCGCUCUUGUCUCGAUGACACUUCUUCUCUCCUCCAAGCAGCUCAAUACACUGUGGAUACAUAUGUGAAAAGUGGCAUGGUUGUAGGAUUGGGGUCUGGUCAUGCUUCUGGUAUGGCCAUUCAGCAUUUAGGUCGCCAGCUUCGCAAUGGUAAUUUGAAAGACGUAGUAGGGAUUCCCACGUCUGUUGCAAGUGCAAGUGAAGCAGCAAAGGCUGGGAUUCCUUUGGAUACCUACCAAGACAGUUCUCAAAUUGAUAUUGCAUUUGAUGAUGCCGACGGUGUAGAAGAAGGGACAUUUGUUGCUAUAAUUGGACGUCGGAAAUUGCAAAGUGAGGAAUCCAUAAUCCAAGAGAAGUCCAUACUGAAUAACGCCAAUAAACUAGUGUUCAUUAUUGAAGAAAACCAGUACAAAGGUGGUCUGGAAGGUUCUAUUCCAGUUUUAAUUCAGUCUCUCAACUGGUUGGCAGCUGCUGAAGAGAUUGACGAUAUGUUUCUUGGCGAUGCUGAGGUGUGGAGAAGACCAGCUAUUGGGCAAGCAGGUCCACUAGGAGGUGACUUUCCACUGGUCACAGGGGAAGGACAUAAUGUUCUUGAUGUUAUCUUCACAUCUCCAAUACCAAGCCUUGCUGAAGUAGCGAAAAUCCUUGAUAACGUUGAUGGUGUUGUAGACCAUGGUGUCAUAUCGAAAACCCCAUGUACAGUGGUAAUUGCAUCUCCAAAUGGGUUGAACGUUUUGGACAAAUUGACUGCAGAUGUAGUGGGUUAGGCACUUCAGAUUCACUUCUUAUAUCUCUCCUUUGUAAAUGUGUGAUUAAAAUUAGGGAUGUUACACUUACAGUGGAGUUAUCAACAGUAACAAGUUUUGCGGCUGCACACACGCGCCUUUGGAACUACGAUUUUCUAUUCCACCAUGAUGUCAUGGUUUGCACAAUCUCUAGAAUUCUUAAAUGUUAGUAAUUUUCCUGUUAUGCGACAAUGCUAUGUACUCUCUGUUGUUGAUUAUAAGAAAAGUAAUAAUCUAGUUUUACA